AUGAAGCUAAUGUUAUGGGAGACACAAUUGACAGUAGGAAACACUGAGCAUUUUUCUUGUUUAAAAAAUGUAAUUUCCACCACAUCGAAUGUUGAUAUGAGUCGUUAUAAAGUGAAAAUAACCGGAUUACUUCAACAGUUUGAGACACGUUUUGAAAUUUUUCGUGAACUUGAAAAAGAAUUUACUGUUUUUCGAUCACCAUUCACUGCAAAUAUUACACAUCUUGCAGCUAACUUACAAUUGAAAAUUAUUGAUUUGAAAUGUGACUCAGAUUUGAAGAAUAAAUUUACCAUGGUGGGCUUAGACACCUUUUAUAAAUAUCUCUUGCCGAAGUAUCCCAACUUAACAGCCUUAGCUGCGAAAAUCUUGUCAAUGUUUGGAAGUACAUAUCUAUGUGAACAACUUUUUUCUUUAAUGAACAUAAACAAAACAAAAUUUCGAUCAAGGCUCACCCACACUUAUCUAAGUGAGAUUCUAAGAUUGACGGUCUCUGAAAUUCACAAAUGA